UUAGGAAGGUUACUUGGAUUUUAUACAAUAUUUAUGUAAACUGUUGCAUCUUUUAAAUUAUGUUUUAAUUUUUAAAAAUAGACUUCAGGUGGCUAGAAUACAACCACUCCAGGCAAAAGAGUGAGGCUGACCCUCUUCCUUCUGAGAGAAGGAUUCAUGUCAUGCCCUUUGUUCCACCUGCCUUCCCCAAGGACACCCUGGCUCAGAAAGAGGCACCUAGGCUACUCGGGGCAUCAUUCCAAAGAGCCUCGCCUGUCACCUUUCACCCACUUAGCUCCCUGUCCCCAGUGUUCUGGGCUGAGAACCAGAGCCGAUUGACCAUGGGGUUGUGUUUCCACAGGGCCUAUCAAUGUGAGGUCGAGUAGGGCCAGCCCAGGAAAACUGGGUCAUCUGCUCCGACCUCCACUUCUCUGUCCUUCCCCUUCAAUGCCCCGCCACCCUUUCCCCACCUCCCAAUCUGUGUUUCUCUCUCAGUCUAUUCAGUGGAGAGAAGUCAUCUGAAAAGCCCAUUCGACUAGAUGUAUGGGGAUUUAGUGUUCCCCGCUCUUGACUAGUUAUAUUUGAGGAGGCAUCUAAAGGGGCAGUGCUUAACUGUGAGGAAGGACGCGAUAAUGGUGGAAUUUCUAGCACCAGUGAGGAUCCUGAGGCAAAAGGGCCUUGCUUUCCCUCAUAAGUCAUGUUGCUAGGCAAUGCCAUAUAGCACUUAAGAGCUGGAUGGGCUUUCAAGCCAGGCUGACAGGAUUCAUAUCCCACUCUUUUACUUAGUAGCCGGCAAACCUUGGGCAGGUAACUCAAACUCUCUGAACCUCAGUUUCCAAACCUACAAGAUGGGGAUAUUACGAGAAGCUCACUUACAGGACCUUUGUGAAGCUGCAAUGAGAUAUUACAUGAAAACAUAGAAACGUAGAAAGCAAUCAAUAAAUGUUAGCCAUGAUUACUAUUACUUGUACAAAUACUUUUUUUUAAAGGAAAGAGCUAAAAAGCUUUGAAGGCCCCUGCAGAAGAAAUAUUAAAUCUGGCAAGUCAAUAAGUCACCUGGAUAUAGAGCAAAGAGGUAUUAGUCACCAACUUUCUUUCUUUCUUUCUUUCACCAGCAUUCUAAUCCAACCCAAGUCAGGAACAGCUGUCAUGACAGAAGAAGUUUUUGAGCAAAAGUCUAAGGAAAAUGAUGUUCUGACCAAAAUCUUGACAACUUCAUUUGAAAGAUGGAAAACAUCUGACCUGGGGUUAUGAACUGCUGAGCUUGCCUUGCUCACAUGAAUUGGUCAAUGUUGAUUUUGUGUAUGUAGGUCAGUGGUCACAUUGUAUUUUCUCAACUAAAUUGAUUUCUUCAUCAAUAAAAUGGGAAGAAUAAUAUUACCUACUACAUACAUUAUGGGAUUGUUGUGAAGACUAAAUGAGUUAUCAACACAGUUUCCCCGUGUGAAAAUCGAGACUAAUAACUGAUCCCUGUCCUGUCACUUUUCUGUCCAGCCCCGGUAGCAACGUGGAUCAAAUAAGGUGUGUAAAUAUUCCAGUACAGAACGGUCUCUAGGUCAAUGUUUAUUCAGCCCAAAGCAAUUCCUCUCCACGUCCUACUCUGCAAAAUUUCCCGUCAGCCUAACCAACUCUACAUAUCCAGGUGCUCCCGCGGAACCAGGAAAAAGGGAUGUCGCUCACCUCUCAAGUCUGCCUAGCUAAGGAAAAAUAGGGUGGGAAAGCAGAGAACGUGUUGGGGGUGAGGAGGUGAGAGAGAAAAAGGAGGGAGAGCAGGGAGAAAGGAGGUGCGUGGACGUGGUGUGGAGUUGAGAAAAGGGUACAGACUGGGGUACUUGGAUAUAGGAUGACGGUGAAAGGAUAUGGGGGGACAGUGGGAGAGGUGAGGGAGCUGGGAUAUGUGGAGGGAGUGCAGGAAGAUGGGGAUCCCGUGGGAAGGAGUGGGGACGCUCCUCACUGAGAGGUCUGGGGGUCGCCCUGGGGCAGGGGGUCCAAGCUCCCAGCAGUCGCCUCUCGCGGCGGUCCCCGGAGGCUCGGAGCCGGGCUCCGGGGCAGGAGCCACUAGCCGGCGAACCGUGGAUGGGGCAGGGAGGGGGGAUCCGCAGCCUGGGAUUGGCCGCCGCUCCGCCGGCCGGUGACGCGGGGCGGGCGGGCCCCUUUGUGACGUCACAAUCAGCUGUUUGAACGUUCCAAUUUGUGCAGUGAGCCCAGCAGCAGCCGCUGCACAGACUCAAAGCCCGGCGGGCGAGCGCAGCAGCCCGGAGCGUCCGGCCCGCAGCCCCGCCGCCUCCCCGCCCAGCCCCCGCGAUGCGCCCCGGCCUGUGAUCAGCCGCCGAUCCUGGGACGCUCCGCCGCACAACUACCUCAGCGCCACCCUUCCCGCCGCCCCGCCCUCGCCCUCGCCCCCAGGUCUGGAGACUGGGUCCCCUUUUGUGGCCCUGAUCCUAACUCUGUACCUUGGAGUCCCAGAGCCCAAUAAAAUUGCUGCCUCCCAGCUGUUUUGACCACAGGAAGUAGUAGGUCCGUGGAAGGAGGCUGUGCCUCAACAAGUCCUCAAACUUCCCUUCCUUCAGGAGAGGCCAAGCUUGCUGGAUUUUUGGUUUCUGCACUGCCAUAGGGCGCCCCCCUGAGGCCGCUUCACUUCCCCACCAUGUUCCAGCGCCUCACUAGCCUUUUCUUCAGCAACCCCCAGCCCACUGAGGACCCUGACUGCCCCGGAGCCUUCGUCUCCGAGGAGGAUGAAGUGGAUGGCUGGCUCAUCAUUGACUUGCCGGACAGCUACGCGGCUCCACCCAGCCCUGGGGCCGCCCCUGCCCCCGCAGGCCGCCCUCCGCCCGCGCCCUCCUUGAUGGACGAGAGCUGGUUUGUUACCCCUCCCGCCUGUUUUACUGCAGAGGGUCCCGGACUUGGGCCCGCCCGCCUCCAGAGCAGCCCCCUGGAGGACCUCCUCAUCGAGCACCCCAGCAUGUCCGUUUACGUCACCGGCAGCACCAUAGUGCUGGAGCCCGGGCCCCCUUCCCCGCACCCCGACGCUGCCCUGCCUGACGGUGAUCUUAGCGAUGGGGAGUUGGCGCCUGCCCGCCGAGAGACCCGGGCCCUGCACCACGCCGCCGCCCCUCUGCCGGCGCGGGCUGCGCUGCUGGAGAAGGGGGGCCAGGCGCGGCGGCUGCAGCGGGCCCGGCAGCGGGCCGAGCGCCACGCGCUGAGCGCCAAGGUGGUGCAACGGCAGAACCGCGCCCGCGAGAGCCGCCCGCGCCGCCCCAAGCACCAGGGCAGCUUCGUCUACCAGCCGUGCCAGCGCCAGUUCAACUACUGAGCGUCCGCUGGCCGCACCACAGCCCCCUCGCCGACGCCUGACCCCUGUCGGGCCCCUCCGCCGCAGCCAGUGCGCUGCUCGAGGGGCGCCCGAGGCCCGCCUCAGGCUGGACAUCACAACCUUCCUCUUUCUUAAGUGUGUGAGGUGGGGUGAUAGCCCCCCUCUCCCUCAAUGUCCCCACCUCUGAUCCUCUAAUCUGCCUCUGAAUCCCCCCCUGUCUUUCACCCUUCCUCCUCUGGCCGCCAUGCCCAGCAUCUAAUCCUCCAUUUCCCCUACCCCGACACUCCAUUCUUCCUUCUCUGGUCCGCGUCCCGCAUCCCGCAUCCCGCCCUCUGCCCUGACAUUCCCCUUCAUCCUUGCCCCCUAGUCCUCUACCUCUGGCCCACUCCUGAUUCUCAGUCUUUCUUCCAGUCCCAGAUCUGGCUCAUUCCCUACCUUCAACUCCCACUUUACGAGCCACACCCUAUCUCAUGUUUGGCACUACACUCAUUCCUUCUCCCUUAUUAUUCAUUCCCAGUAAUUCCCUCCCAAAUGGGGGGGGGGGGGGCGGGGGGCGGGGAGGAGAGACACUGAAACUAAAGGGUUCUGCCUUUAGUCUCCCCCUUCCCUCUCCCCUGGGGGCUGGGCUCCUUGGAGUUGCUUAGGCAUGAAAAGGUGAUGUACGUGGAAGAGGUCUGUGAGAUGUGAGCUAGAGGGAGAAGGUGGAGGGAAUCAAGGGAAAGAGACAGCCUACUGGAGAGGUAGACAGGACAGACAGGUUGAGAAGCUAUAAGGAGCAGGGCACCAUGGGAGCUGGCACUGUGCUUGCUCAGAGAGGCCAAACUCUGCUCUCAGGCUGAAGCCUAGAGUCUACCCCCACUUCCCUUUCCUAUAAUUCCACCUCCCAAAUCUCUUCCUGAAAUCCAACCCUCUGCAGGCCCUUGAGUCUGAAGGGCUUAGUUAGUAUCUUGCUGCCCCAUCCACAACAUGUCAUCCCAGGAGUAGAGGCUGGGCAAGGCCCUGCCAUCCUGGCCAUCUGUUCACAUGCCCAAGGUGCUAGAACUAGCUUAGGAGAGAUGCAGGUCAGAGGGCUUCUAGGCAGGGGAAGUGCACACCCCAGAGUAAGAAUGCAGAGGAAUGAUGCUGUGGAGGUGAAGCCAUCCCAAGACUGACAGCUCAGUCUUCAUCUUGCUCUAGCCUUGUAUUUCACACCCUGCCCAGGAUGGCUAAUAAACAUUCUUGGGUAGGAGGCCAGGAGCCCCACUGUCCCAAUCCCCAAAUAGUCCUUAUCCAGGUUCAGGGCCUUCAGGGGCCUCUGCUCAUUUUCUCCCUCAGGGCUCUCUUCCUUUCUACGCUGUGGGAGAAAUGGGUGCCCUAUAGUUCCCCUCCCCUCCCCCUCCAGUAAGUACUUGGAGAAGGGAACCCGAAUCCCUGGGUGAGACAGAGGGGUCGGGGCAGCCAGCUUUCCCCUUCUCAUGGUGAGACUGAAUUUUGGGCUCAGACACCAGCAACAGCCUCUUGGGAUGCCCGGAGUUGCUUCCCUUUUCCUCUUUCUAACAGUCCUUUUCUAGUGUGUGCUCUUCUUCCCUGAAACUUUUAAGAUUUCCUGUUACAUACUAACAUAAGUCUUCCCCCUCACCCCAAUUCCAGGUUUCCAGCUGCCUUCCCUGACCCUAGAGCCCCAAGCCUCAUGUGGGGUGUGUGGGCAAGGCAGGGGGUAGCCCCAUGAAUACUGGGAUGGGGACAGAGGAAGCCCUGUUGGAGUCUCCUAUGCAAGGGAGUAAGCCAAAUUUACACUAAAAGCAGAUCAAAGUCCCCACACCAGUCCACUAGGGUCCCAGUAGCUGACAACCUUGCUCCUCUCCCCAAGGUUCUCCUUCAGCUAGGACCUAGUCACUUUUAUUCUUCCAGCCAACCCUUGGUCGUUUCACAGCCAGCUUAAGGUCUUCAGCACUUCCAAGAACUGAAACUCCCUCCAAUUCUUCCUGCCUAUUCCUUUACUGCCAGCUUGGGCCUAGGCUCAGUCCUGGGCAGUGCCCAGGAUCCUUCUGGUGCAGGAAGAGUGAGACAUAGUGCAUUUGGCUCAAAUUUCAAAGGGCCUCUCCCUUACCCAUAUUUCUGGAGUCUCCUGUAGUUCUAGAACCCUCCAAUCUCAUCACCAGGCUAGUUGCAAGGCUCAUGUUUUUGUACUUUCCUAUAGAUUCUGUAGCAUUGAGUGUGGCAGUAUUUUAAUUGUGUAUAGAUUUCUAAGAACCAACACUACUCAGUCUCCUGCUAGUCUGACUCCUGAAGCAUCAGAACUUGUCAUACUGUACUGACUGUGUAUGUGCCUUUCACCUUGAGCAUGCUUCAGGAUAUAUUUUUUUAAACCACAGAACUUGAAUACAUGAGGGAACCAGAAUUCACAAAGUCCUAUGCAACCUUAGACAGGAGGGGGUUAGAGAGUCUGUCUUGACUGAUGUUUUCAGAGACCCUGGAGAAGUCUGUUCCAGUUUGUGAGUAUUAGUUAAUGUCAAUACUACCAGCACUUUGCCAAAACUGAGUAUGUCAGAGGGACUCCUGUUUCUAGAAAGAGUCCCAAUUACAUCAAAGGGCAACUUAGAGUAAUUCCCCAAUCUGUCUGAGUGCUCUCUUCAAGCUGGGUGUCACUUUUCAGCCUUUGCCAGUCUGGCCCCAGCAGGGUAACACGUGUGUAUGAAUGCAGUUUGCUGAUGUUCUGGAGUAUGCCUGCUCCCCAGCCCCCACCUGGAACCCUGAUGAAUUUGUUCUGACCCAUAAUGUCUUAGGUGAAACGAGGACCCCACCAGAGCUCUUGGAUGCCUCCUCAGAUCCAUGUGGCUUUAUGUGAGGGAACUGAAUGCAGACAUACCUUAGCCCCUUAUAUUUUCCCUCUUGCCCUGCCACGUAGUUCCAAAUGGAACCAACAAGUUGAGUGCAUCCCUCUUGGGUGUUUUGUGUUGAGAUUGGCUGAAAUGAGGAGACUCUGGUUGACCGUGUUGUGACAUGUCAACAGACUCAAGGACACAACCACCUCGACUUGGUCAUGUGGCAUGCCUGUGUAUGUGUGUAACAGGAUUCUGAUUGUUAAACUGUAAUGUUAUCCUCUAUGGGAGAAAAAAAUUAAUAUAAAGAAAAAUAAAAAUCUAUUUAAAGCACA